UCCAGGUUCUCGUUCCGUCUCGGUCUUACUCCGAUUGGCUGGGCACCGUCGGAUUCUGUCGCACCGUCGACGGCCAGGAGCGAGCCACUCUGAGCACAGCAUCCAGCAGCAGCGCUACUAGCGGCAGCCGUACAGAAAGACUCCCAGGCAAGAGUCCGUGGUCGUUUUUACCUGUGUGACCAUGUGCGUGUGGACCAUGCGUGUGCCACGGUCUGCGUGGGUGUGCGCCGAGGUAGCCUACCUGGCGGCGUCCGACACGCAGUAAACCGCGCGCUCUUUGGUAUCCACGAUCCAGAAAGAAGGGAACGGCCGUCCACGGUUUUCUAUCGCGUUGUUUCGACGAUCUCCGUCCAGGAAGCUCGAAUACGUGACAGUGUUGAGCGACGUGCCGCGAUCCAGGCAGUAGGAUCGCUCCUGGGAGCGAUCGAGCCCACCGAAACGGUGGAUCCUCCGCGAUCGAGCUCGAGUGGGUUUCUCAGUGUCGCCAGUGGUGGAAUCCAGUGUAUGUGUGCUUACGUGGGUGCCCCGAUAGGUUGUUUCCACGAUAAGAAGGAAUUCGAGUCGCCGAGGACUCGAUGUAGCCGUUCUUUAAGCGGCAUUCCUAUCGUCAGCGACGUCGACGAUCCAUCGCUGGACAAGGAUCGAGAAUCGCCGUGGGAGAUGCGACGGGUGGACCGUUCGAGAAUAAUAAACGCGUGAUCUGGGAACGUUCCUUGGCCGGCGUACACCUGGUGUCAUCGGUAUGCCGACGGACAUCGUGGUUUCGUCGGCCUCGGCCUCGGCCACGGUCUCGGAAGAGACCAGCAGAGGUCGAGACCUGAGCCUUGGGCCGUCGUCAAGGUCAGCCGCCUCUUCAGCCUCCUCGUCCUCGGGUUCAGGGGCGCAGUCGACCUCCAGAGGCUUCGACCCAUCCAGCGCCCUGGCCGCUUAUCACCAUCAUCGACACAGCCUGGUGGCGGGUCUGGGUCACCCCCAUCAUCGCGAAUCGUCAGCGUUCGUGCCAGUCGUGCCAUCCAGGCUGCACCUGGCGCCCUAUCCCGGGGAAAUGCAUCCCCACCUGACAGGUCCUCCCCCGUCCUCGUCGUCGACGUCGAAUUCGGAGCACGAGGUGGGCGCGGAGCCUUCCGUCGCCAGAAAGUCCUCCUCCAGCUACGAGAUCAUGGCGAUGAUGGCCGACAAGAGGAAGGAGUUAGCCGCGAGAGCUCUCCUUCUGCCUCCGCCGCCCCUCUUGGAGCCACCCCCUGGAUAUCCCGUGUUCGCCGGUCCGUUCCCAGCCGGAUCGGCUCUCUACCCACCUGGCGGCCCUCUGGCCCAUCAGCACCUGGACAGAAGACUGCUGAGGGCUCCUGGAAGAGCCUCCAGGCCCAAGAAACAGUUCAUCUGCAAGUUUUGCAAUCGGCAGUUCACCAAGAGCUACAAUCUCUUGAUCCACGAGAGAACCCACACGGACGAGAGGCCGUAUUCUUGCGACAUCUGUGGCAAGGCUUUCAGGAGGCAGGAUCACCUCAGGGAUCAUAGGUACAUCCACAGCAAAGAGAAGCCGUUCAAGUGCGGCGAGUGCGGCAAGGGUUUCUGCCAGAGCCGCACGCUGGCGGUGCACAAGAUCUUGCACAUGGAGGAGUCCCCCCACAAGUGUCCCGUGUGCGCCAGGAGCUUCAACCAGCGCAGCAACCUGAAGACACACCUGCUCACCCACACGGACCACAAGCCGUACGAAUGCACCUCCUGCGGCAAGGUCUUCCGCAGGAACUGCGAUCUGAGGCGGCACGCGUUGACGCACGCGGUGGGCGACGUGCCGCCCGAGGCCCUCGAGGAAGCCCUCAGGGACGACGACAGCCCCGAAGAGGACGGACCGGAGGCUGGCUCGUCGUCCUCGACCUCCACGUCCGCGAAUUCUUCUCUGACAGCCGCCACGACGAACUCAGCGUACCAAUCCCAAGGAUCCUCCAGCCAGACGCAGACACCUCCAACUCCAGCGUCUUCCCUGCCUCAGAGACCUCAGCUGCAGAUCAGAAGAGACUUGCUGCCCGCCGCGAAGCCGUCCACGGUGACCAGCGGCGGGAUCGGUCAUUCCGUCGCCCAGAAUCCACCACCUGCUCAUCCACCACCGCCGCCGUUGAUACUGACCUCCUACAGACGGAGAAUCGGUUCGCCGGGUCCUUCGAGGGUGCUCCUCGAGCUGCAGGAACGCGAGAGAGAACGGGAACGGGAGAUCGAGCACAGCAGGGAGAGGGAACGCGAACGAGAACGAGAGGAAGAGGUGCCUCGUCCUCCAAGAGCGCCUACUCCUCAACCUCCGCCGCCACCUAGGCCAGCUCCUGCCAGGCAAGGGUUCACCAUCGCGGACAUCAUGCGUCGGUAGAAGGAACGUUCGACGAAUGCCAGUGAAUUCAGGGAGGAUGCGAUUUAAAACGCCGUUGGCUUGGGAAUCGAUCGAGUGAUGUUCCUUUUUGCAUCGAGUGGGAAAGGGACGUGGCUUGUGUUUGUUAAGGCAUUGUUCAGGCGAGGCGACUUACGCGCUAGUUUUCGGAUGUAGCUUUCAGUCGAUACUCGAAAUAUCAGUAUUCAAAUAUCACGUCCUGUAACUAUCGCGCGGCUAUUAGAUGCAGCGAUUGUUUCUUUAGAAUUUCGCACGUUUCACGAAUUUUCAUUCAACACCAUCCCGAGUAUCCAGUUUCCAACUGACUGCAUGCUACCUCUGAAAAUUCACGCGUAAAUCGCUUCGUCCGGGUAAAGGAAUUCUCCGAAUGGCGUGGAUCCAAGUGUCGAGGCUCUUUUAUCGAACUGUGAAUUUAUCCUGCUUGGAUCUUGUGCCUCUCGUUUCGUAGAGAUUCGCCUAACCACGGUAGGAAUAUUGUCACGAAAUUCGUACGACGCCAUUUCUUGCAACCGAUAUUAGCAAAUCAUGUAAAAAUAUAUAUUUUUUAUAGCCGAGGUUCGUCGAGAGCGAAAUUGAAUUACCGAUCAUGUAUUAUAUCGUCGAGUUCAAUGAUUAGCGAACGUCAAAGCAUUCUCUAACUUUUCCUCCUUUUGUGUUUUUUUUUUUUAUAUUAAGAAUUAAGCGCGUCAAGUAUUCACGUUACUUCUUAUAGCUACUAUUAAUAGAACGUACGUUGGUAAAUACAGAUUUUUCUAACUUUUGUACAUAUCGAUGUAUAAUUAAGAAAAUGUGUGGGUCCACGUGAUUGUUGAUUUUCCGCGGAAAACAAAAUGGAAUUUGCGAAAAGAGAAAUUAUAUGAAAUUGUAUAAAAAUUUUGUAACAGAUGUGCUUCGAGCAAGUGAUGGCAUAAAUUGCGUGUGAGAGAGGGUUACGAUUCGAUUAACAAAUAGUGACAAUAUUUUUGCUGUCGCGCGAUAUUUUAACCCUCUACGAGCCCACGUGACUUUCAGGCCUUCAACUAUUAAUUGUUUUUAGUGAUGAUUUUUUUCAUAGAGAAACUUCCCUAAUUUUUGUACAACUUUGAGAAUAUUUUAGGCACGGUUCAAAGUAGAUUUGGUAAUUUGUUGAAUUCAUUUCAACAAUCGGCACCGUCAACCUGAAAUAUCAAAGUAAACGUCUCGCUCGUUGUCCGCAGAAAAGACACACUCGGUCCAUAGAGGAUUGAUUUGCGAAAACAAUUUAAAUUGUUGCUCGACGAUAAUCUCUGGCCAUGAUACCGCAUGGGAGAGGAUGGGAAAAGUACAAUGUAGACAGUCGAAUCCAUGAACCUCGACGAAGAUUAUGUUAACGCGUUGCGUGCGUAAUUGUGUAUAUAGAAGUAUACGUUGAAAUUCAGUCGACGCUGGAAUACUAAAUUUUAUUUCACGAGUCGCGCGUGAACGAACAAUUUCGUGACCGUCGGAUCAUGCGUGGCGGACUGCGUUUAUAAGUUAAAAAUCUGUGCAAUCUUCGAAUUUCUAUUUUGCACGAGUGUCCCAGGGUUAACGUAGAAAUAAGAAAAACAAAACCAGUUAAACGCCCGUUCUAAAAAAAAAAAAAAAAAAAAAUUCUGUCCGAGUGUAAUUAGCGCGUACCGUUCGACAUAGUUCGGAGGAUUUAGAAUUUCAAAAGUUAUCCGAAUAUGAGAUCAAGAAGAUUCUCUCGAAUGUAAAAUUUUUCGUUUUAGAUUCCAACGUUUUGGUUGAUCGAUUGAUCCUCCGAUUGUCUUGAGCGGUGCAUUUGGGACACCCUGCUGCAACACGUUCGCUACCAUCGCAUCCUGAAGAGCGAUGACUGUUAGUUUAAAAAAAAUAUAACUCGAUUAAUAUCGUGGUACUUCAUUCUGAAUUUCGAGGGUUGUUUUCACCCUACGAAUAAGAGUAUCAGAGAAAAUUCUGGCUUAGUAUCAUCCACCACAAAAAAGUUAGUAUUCCAAGAAUUUAAAUUGUUACCUAGCGUUAUAAUUGAUGUCCGAGUUGACCAGGAGCCACGAUGUAAAUUAAAUUAAUUUAUUCCUAACGCGAUUAACAACACCAGUGACACGUGGUAGCGAACGACGUUGAAUGAACGCGUAUUUGAAUGAUGUCGCGAAUAUAUAGAUCGUCGCUGAAAUAGAGAGGAUGACGCGUGAAUUUUCAUAGCGGAGGUGAGAUCUUUAAGAGGUCCCACGGGAAAGAGUAGACGAGCACGUCGAGUUGGUCGAAAAAGAAGGUCCACGGGGAAUGGCUCCUUUGUCCACGGGGUUUCCAGGAGGGGGUAAUGCAAAUUUCGUGGCCACGGGAGCAACCUGUGCCACCGUUGCCACGGGUGACAGGUGCAAUAGGGUGUCGAAGCUACUUGGUUUUUCGGUGGUACCUGCUCCCUUCUAAAAAUAUAUAUCCCCGACUCUAGACCAACGCCCGUGUCCUCUCCUUUUUCUUCUGUUGUUCGGCCGGCGAGGAUCAUUACGGGUUCUUUUGUGACCCGGGAUGCACCUAACCGCAACGAUCCUCCACGGUUUUACUGCCAACCCGAAACGCGUUUUCUUUCGGUUGGAUCUCGAGGGGACGAGGGGACGGACCUCUUGGAAUUCGUGAGUCGGACUCGUUCCACGCCUCGUUUCACGCUGGUUCGACGUCGAACCCUUUCAUGCGGGAGCGUGUUCAUCCCGAGAAAUGUUUUUCGUGACCUUUCGUGACGGGACAUGUUGUAAUUAACGUGGACUGAUCGGGCUUAGUUCGUUUAACGUUAAUAUUUUCGUCGACCAGCUUCUUCUUGGAGGGAUGUAACCAUGGAGAGUGCUCGCGAUUUAUUUUCAGAGGAAAUGCAAAGAAUUCCGUAUCGACCAUUUUAGGAACAUAUUUGUUUACCACUGAGAGAGUUUCGUGAUUUUUUAUACGAGGAAAGAGUUGUUAUUUAAAAAGUUGUAGACAGGAGGUCUGGAUGAGGUCUAGAUUCGAAUCCCUUACAUUUGCGUAUUUAAUAUUAAAUAAACUAUUCCCGUUCAGCCCAUAUUUGCUAUAUACAUAUAUAUUUGUACUUUCGACGACACCAUUUGCAAUUAAUUUUUAGGAAGUUCAUCGAAUGAAAUUCCUUGUAUGCGUGCGAAAGUAACGGUAGAGCGAAGUGUAGCUAGAGUGGAAGACAAAGGAAAUUAAAAUAUUUUGUACUAUUUUUAAACAUACCUAAUGUAUAGUGAUAUAUGGAAAAUGUACAAUAUACUAUGUACAACGAACGUCGUCCGCGGGAUCAAUUACAAAUUCGCGGACGAUUCAAGUGUCCUGUUAUUUUAUACGUUAUCAGUUUACGUCUUGCACGAGCAUCUAUAUUUUUAGAUAUAUAGGAGAGUUAAGCGAGUUUGUAAAUUAUAUUAAGAAAAAUGAAAUAAAAGAUAUUAGAAGCA